AUGGAAUUAAAUCAAUAGCUGAAUAAUCUUUCGUUGUAGCAAUAACAAUAAUAAGAAGAAGAUAUCUACGAUGUUAUUGUGAUUGGCUCAGGUAUUUCAGGCUUAGCAACUGCUCAUAACUUAGUUAAAAAUAACUAUAAGGUUAAGAUUUUAGAAGCUAGGAGUGUUUAUGGUGGUAGAAUUUCCAAGAAUGAAAAUCUGGCCAACUUUGCAGUAGAGACUGGAGGAGAAGAAAUCCACCUUAGGAAAAGCGCUUACUUCUAGCUAGCAAAAGAUAUGGGAGCAGACAUCAUAUCUGAGAUAAGCCACAGCAUUUAUUUUGUAGAACACCCUGAAAAAGAAGAAAUGAUUACUGAAGAUGAUUUCUUUGAGCAGUUCCCUCAAUAUGAUAUUUGGGACAUGACAGAAAAAGAAUACGAUCAACUUUCUUUUGAUGUUUCAAUUAAGGAUUACUUAGAAGAAAAAAAAAUCUAUAGUAAAUGUGGAAAAUUCUAUCAAAAUUUACUUGGCACAGAAAAUGGAACUUAAUUAUCUAAGAUUUCAUGGAAAGGAGUCUAAGAAUAUGAUAAGUUAGUUGAAAAAAGCGAUCAUUCAAUGAUCACAAAUAUGUCCCAUUAUGAUGUAAUCACAAAGGCUUUUGGUGAUGUGCUACCUCUUAUAUAAUAUAGCUCUCCAGUUAGCAAAAUCGAUUAUUCUGAUGAAAAAUCAAUUAAAAUAACCAUUAAAGAUGGAAGAACCUUCUAUUCUAAGCAAGUUUUAAUCACAGUAACAAUUAGUUAGCUGAAAAAUAAUUCUAUUGAAUUCAUACCUUCUCUCCCAUAAAACAAACUUGAUGCAAUUAAAACAAUAAAUUUUGGCAUAUCUGGUAAAUUGCAAUAUCGUUUUAAAGAGAGAUUUUGGCCAGAAAAUUUCAAUUCUAUAAUACUUUGGGACCAUGAUUUCGGUAUGACUUGGAAUAGCAGUCUUUGUAAGGACAGAUCUAAAAGUAAUGUGCUAACAACUUUGUUAGUAGAAGAAGUAGCUAUCAAAGUAGAAGAUGAAUAAAUUAGAAAAGAAUUAAUUUCUACUUUUUUGAAAAAGCUAGCAAAGCUUUUUAAGAACGAUAAAAUUCCUGAACUUCUUGAAGAUCAUAUCUAUACAGGUUACUCUACUAAGGAAUACAUAGAAGGAGGAUAUACAACUCCAACUUUACACUGGACAAAAGAAAGACAAGACUUGGCAGAGCCUUUAUAAAACAGACUAUUUUUCGGUGGUGAAGCAACCAGCAUUUUAAACCACUCCACGAUUCAUGGUGCUUAUGAAUCUGCUUUGGUUUAGACUGAAAAUAUUUUACUAAGCAAUAAAAAAUGA